CAAGAUUUAAGACGUGUUUUCAGUUCUGUAAUGAAAUUAAAGCACUAAUGAAGUGUUGUGAUAAUGUUCUCAGUAGACGAUAUUCUGAUGAACAACGGUAGAUUUAGUAAAAUGAAUUCGAGUAUUUUAAAUCACUCAGUCGACGAGGUUUAUUUGUUUUUGAAAAAUCAGAAAGUGUCAGAGACGAUUUUGAAUGCCAUUCGAAGUGAGAAAAUCGAUGGAAAAUCAUUGCUGAUACUCAAUGAACGCGAUAUUUAUCGUCUUGAACACAAGUACCAUCUUUUGAUGGGUGAUAUGAAAAGAUUUACUCUUGUUGUGAAUAAAAUUCAGCAGCAAAACAGGCAAUGCCUGAUUUAUCUCGGGAUAUUAGAUAAUCAAAACAAUCUGAUUACUAAUUUACUUUCUCAUAACGUAUCGACAAACGCUAACUACUCACAUCCUCAUGCCAGUCUCUUCAAUCCGGCAGAGAGCCAAAUUGACAGAAUCUCCCCAGCAAAUUCUGUAGAUGGAAGCAGCUCGGGUCGACAAUAUGCAACCUGUAUUCAACCUGAAUUCUUCAAAACAACGAUCUCGUUAGGUUAUGCAUUUUUGGUGACAUGGAUAACAGCUUUUGUAAUGGUUGUGGUUCAUGAACGUGUUCCUGACUCAAAACGAUACCCGCCGCUUCCUGAUAUCUUCCUUGAUAACGUUCCUCAUAUUGGGUGGGCCUUCUGGGCAUGUGAAGUGACAGGUGCUGUCUUAUUCGCUAUUUGGGUUUGCGUUUUAGUGUUUCAUAAAUACAGAAUUAUCUUGCUGAGAAGAUUUUUCGCUUUGGGUGGAACAGUUUUCCUAUUACGUUGCUUUACAAUGUUGAUAACAUCAUUGAGUGUACCUGGAACUCAUCUUGAAUGUCGUGCAAGUGAUUUUAAGUUUGAUGAUGGCGAUAGUCUUGGACUAUUUGAAAUGUUGGAAAAGCGUGUGAGUCGUGCUUACACAAUUUGGAGUGGUUUGGGGAUGAGUAUUAAAGGUGUAAGAACAUGUGGUGAUUACAUGUUCUCAGGACAUACUGUGGCGUUGACACUUUUGAACUUUUUCAUAACAGAAUAUACUCCAAGAAAUCUCUACUUCCUGCAUACAACGACAUGGCUGUUGAAUAUGUUCGGAAUCUUCUUCAUUUUAGCAGCACACGAGCAUUAUUCGAUUGACGUCUUCAUUGCUUUUUAUAUUGCUUCCCGCUUAUUUCUUUAUUAUCAUACAUUGGCCAACAAUCAAGCACUCAUGUCGCAUGAUUCCAAUCGAACGCGAAUUUGGUUUCCAUUGUUCUCAUAUUUUGAAAGUAGCGUUGAUGGAAUCAUUCCGAAUGACUACAACAGCUUAUCGGAAAUCUUUAGAAUUAUUGGGGGUUGGCUGUUGAAUCUGAAAGAUCUUAGCAUGCUGACAGCACGUCGUAUAUGGAUUGAACGACCAAACAACAAUGGUCAAAAUAAACGUCAGAGAAGAUCACAAUCUCAAACGCCUUCGAAGAGAAACAAAUUGUCGGCGAAUGAAAAUAGCGUUGGAGAUAAACUCAGGAGAUCGAUGGGAAAUUUAUCAUCAAAAAAUGAUAAAGAAUCAGUUCCGAUUCUAUCUGAAUUAAAGAAAGAAAACUAAAUUCAAAUUAUCAAAAAUUCUUCUCUAAAAAAUUGAAUGAAACAAAAACUUUUCUUCUUCUAGUCUUUCAAAGAAAUCAAUUCAAACUUUAUUUAUUGUCAUAACAAAAAUUGUUCAAGCUUUUGAUAAAUGUAAAGAAGAAAUUUCAAUAUUUAAUGUAAUGAAAUCUGAAAUGUCGUGAAACUCUAUUUUUGUAUGACAAAGAAAUAUUUUUGGUUUCUACUUUUAUGAAGAAAAAAUAUUUUGAUAAACGAAAGUCAAAAGCUUGGAUAAAUUUCAUUGCAUUGGCGCAUUCCAAUUCAUUCAUCAAAAAACUUAUUUGUCACAUUUUAAAGACCAAAGUAUUUUAAUGACAAAACCACCCGAAAAGGCUUUCGCAUGACUUUCAUUAAUUAAACUUUUUAAAUUUUUGAUAUAAGUAUGCGCACAUUAAAGUGCUUUCUUACUUUCACUUUAACUUACAAAUCUAUUGAUUUAAAGUUGGAAAGAAAAGGAAUUUUUUAAAGUUAUUAUCUAGUUAACAAUUGUAAUUGAAAUAAAUUCUAUGAAGACAAAUCUGUUUGACAAAAAUGAAAUUUUCUGAGUUUUUUCCAUUUUAUUCUGCUCAG